UACUUUGUAAAUCUUACAUCACUCAUGGAGAUGCCACUCGAUUCACCCCACUUCCCGAAGCCAAGUUACAAUUUUUCAUGGAUUAGUUCUGUGAAUCAAUCUCUGAUUCAACUAUCGAAGGAAUACUGUCAUCACACCGUUCAAGGUAUUUUCAGAGUGACAGAUGAACUCGGCUUUUUUAGAUAUGUACUUUUUCUUAAGCUUGAACUUUGGAAGAGAGCAUUGGAAUUAGCCAAACUCAAAGCCCAGCUGGACGUUUUAUCUGCGACAUCUGUGUUUGAGUUCUGUUCAGCCCGUUGUCGAACUUCAUCUGAGUCAGUUGUCAAUACGAACGCCUAUAGGGAUCCUAAACACCGAUUUUGCUUCGGUAUUGAUCCUCCGGAACUGAAGCUGAUGUCGAAUUCGGGAAACACCACCUUGUGA